AUGAGCGUGGCGCUGCGGAACGCCCAGCGGGCCGUGCCGGUGCGCCGUGUCCCGCUCCGCCGCGCUGUGUGCGCCCUGCGAGCCGCCCUGGGCGCCUCCUGCUUCGACGUGGGGCUGGUCUGUGCGGGCAACGGGCUGAUGCGGCGUCUCAACGGCGUAUACCGGCAACGCCCGGAGCCCACCGACGUCCUCUCCUUCCCUUUCCACCCGGGGGGGCUGCCGCGGCCGCGCUGCCGCGACGAGUAUAACUUGGGGGACAUCUUCCUGGGGGUGGAGUACAUCCACCAGCAGUGCCGCGCCACCGGCGAGGACUUCGACAGCGUCCUGGCGGUGACAGCAGCCCACGGACUGUGCCAUUUGCUUGGCUACCAGCACGACACAAAAACCGAGUGGCAACAGAUGUACCAGAAGGAGAUGGAGAUCCUGGAGGAGCUGAACCGGCUCACUGGCGCCAGCCUCCGG